UUGACCUCACGGCUUGCUUCCGACCAUUCACUGUCAGUUGCUUUGGUCUUUUAUUGUACACUAGCAGGUCGGUGUCUUAUUCUUUUUGCCGAGGUUAUUUCGUCCAUUUCUAUUUCUACCGAAAUGCCCGACACCACGGACACACCAUUACCGGCUUCGAUGAGCGAGUACGACGACCGUGACAACAAAGCUUGGGUGAUUUCGUUCGCUGCCGCCAUGGUUCCAUUCUGCGCUUUUUGCUAUGGUCAUCAACGAGGCUUUACGGGGAAAGCCGUCACGCGCAUUGUGCAAUCGCCCGUCGGCGUGUACGGCCUCCUCGCCUUACCCUUUGUCACGCUCGGUAUGGAAAAAUGUAUAUACGACACAGUUCAAGCGGCACAAGGAAUCAAUCCAAACGUGGUACCGGCUGAUCGUGGUGGUUUUCCCAGUGGUGGGGCCGAGCUGCCAUCGUUCAGUCUGGUAGCUGUCCAACCACGAAACCCUCCCGUUGUCAAGAAAGCAUACACUGAUGCCGCACCGAUGCGGAGGCUGACGGCCGUUACAGAUGAGAGCAAAACGAAGUAAUAUAUUCUUUGUUUUUUUCGCCUCGAGGGAGUCCCUUUGUUCGGUCGUUAUACCAGAUCAAGGCUUUUGUCGUCGACUAAUUGUAUGCCUUCUAUGUCUGCAUGACAUAAGUUUAACG